GUACUACUUGAAUAAUCAAUUUGCCCUAAUUUAAAAAUUCAGUUUGGAGUUGUGUUUGUGUGUCUCUCUUCUCUAUUCCUUCAAGGCAACUAAAACAACAUUGCGUGACUUCUUCUGAAACCACCAUCUCUACUUCUCCGAUCAAAAACUAUGGCUUAUUUAGCUUCGAUUUCUUCAUCCUUAUCCAUAUUCAAGAAUCCCCAACUCUCAAGAUUCCAAUUUGCUAUUUCCCCACCAAACCCACUUGUUCUACGCCCUAGAGUUCAGAUUCUGAGUAUGCCCAUGAACAAGACACCGUCUUUAGUGGUGGUCGCGGCUACGACGGCGGCUGAGAAGCAGAAGAAGAGGUAUCCUGGAGAAUCCAAGGGUUUUGUGGAGGAGAUGAGGUUUGUGGCUAUGAAACUUCAUACGAAAGAGCAAGCCAAGGAAGGUGAGAAAGAGACUAAAGCUAUUGAGGAACGUCCUGUGGCUAAGUGGGAGCCUACUGUUGAGGGUUACUUGAAGUUUCUUGUGGAUAGUAAAUUGGUUUAUGAUACGCUUGAACAGAUUAUUCAAGAUUCCAAUUUCCCAAGUUAUACUGAAUUCAAGAACACGGGACUGGAAAGGGCGGAUAAAUUGGCCACAGAUUUGGAGUGGUUCAAGGAACAAGGUUAUGAGAUUCCAGAACCAACUGCUCCUGGUAAAAAAUAUUCUCAGUAUUUAAAGGAUUUAGCAGAGAAGGAUCCUCAGUCAUUCAUUUGUCACUUCUACAACAUCUACUUCGCCCAUAGCGCNGUUCUC